AGGACUAGUCAGAAUCAGAUGUUGUCCGAGACAGACAUGCUGGUCAGGAGAAAAUACAAGAGAUACUCCAAACACAAGAUCACCUACCUGGGCCUGAUCGCUUAUAUCAUCUGGAGAGCGCCUGAGAAGAAAUUAACGUUUUACGAGUUAAUGAACGCGGUGACGAUAUUUGUGGAUGGAGACAGAAAAGGUCUUGAGAAUAAUAUCAGAGUGUGUUUAUCGUCAAACAAGUGCUUCGUGAAGGUGCCUAUAAAUCCGGGGUCCCCGAAUGCAAAGCGCAACUUCUGGAGAGUGGACGAAAGUGAAAUCACCCCGAAGAUACUGCGACGACACUUCGGCGGCCUGCGCCACGUCUCCCCCGCGAAGAAUGAAACGGAAACCGGGGUCAUCACCCGCGAACCCCCCGCGGCGGAGAAGAAGUUCAGCGGGCCGUUUUCGAUAGAGUCCCUUCUGCGGCGGGAAAACGGCGCCCCCUCGAGGAUCACACCUGGAACCGGGAGACCGGAAAACGCGUUUGGGGGCCUCACGAAUUUUGACUGGCCCCGUGCAGACUUCACCAGAUCAUAUUCACACGUUUAUUUUCCUAUCUACAGUCUGGGCCAAACGAAUGAGGCCUGCGGUCGCUCCAGUGGAUCCUUCAAGAAGAUGCACUCAGUCUCUGAAGCGUCUUACCGUACAGCUCCUGAGAGCAUCAGCCCAUUCAAUCCAGCUGUGGCCCGGAUGUAAAAUGCACUUAACAUACACUUUUGCUAAUGUUACUAAUUUGCUACGCAUUGUUGAAAAUAUCUACCAACUCCUCAUUUUCCCAAUAAAAAAAGUUUGUUUUUAAACUCAAGCGUUAGGUGGUGUGGGCGAUCGGAAGACAU